AUGGUAAAGCUCGGAAUCGACACAUUCGAAACACCCGUGAACCAGAGCGCGCUCAAUGGCGGAUGGACGCCGAAGGGAAAAGUCACGGGGAUCAGUCUCAUGCACGAGUCAGGCACAGGAGGAGGAGCCAAGUAUGGCUUUCCGGCCCAGCUGCCACUCACUACGAUUGAGGCGCCGGUAAACUUGCUAGAUAAUGUGACAUAUUGGCAGGAUCGGAUUGGCGAUGAUUUCGCGAGCGUGGGAUACUUCCGCACACACCUUGAAUCUGGGGUUGCCGUGAAGCUCUCAGCAUCGCGACAUGCAGGGCUUUAUCAGUAUGAGUAUCCUUCGACAGACGGCAAACAUGUCCUCGUGGAUUUUUCUCACUACCUCCCGCAUCCAACGCGCUCUUGGGAUUCUCAAUUCUACACUGGUGGCGAGAUUGGAAUCCAGCCGAACUCCUCCACGUACACGGGAUAUACAUCGAUCGCAGGAGGAUGGAAUAUUGGUGCACCGGUCACUGUGUAUGUGUGCGGAGAGUUCGAUACAAAACCCGACCGCGCACAAACAUUCAAGGGCAAGAACACGUUUCCAGUCAGCCGCCACUUCCGCAGCUUCGAUAACGAAACAAUUCCAGAACCAACGUAUACUGGCUCCAAGGCAACAGCAGGCCCGCUGAACAAUCGAGUUGGUGCGAUCUUCUCAUGGAACAACACAACAAAUGGAACGGCGACGGUGAAGUCACGUGUAGGCAUCUCGUUCAUGUCAGUAGAACAAGCUUGUGCAUACAAAGACGAGGAGCUUUCCACAUGGUCCAUCGAGCACACAGCGCAAGUCGCACGCGACGAAUGGAACCGCGAUGUCUUUUCUAAGAUCCGCGUCGACACCUCUGACAAGGCGAACAAAACGAGACUUGCCUUGCUGUAUUCCAGCUUGUACUUCACGCACCUUAUUCCCAGCGAGCGGACGCAUGAGAACCCACUCUGGGAGUCGGACGAGCCCUACUGGGACGAUUUCUACACCAUGUGGGAUCUCUUUCGAAAUCAGGUGUCAUUAUGGCACCUGAUACAGCCGGCAUACUAUGAAUCGAUGAUCCGGUCGCUCAUUGAUAUGUUCAAGCACGAAGGCUAUCUACCUGAUGGGCGCUCUGGAAACUACAAUGGGCUGGUACAGGGCGGGUCGAAUGCGGAUAACGUGCUAGCAGACGCAUAUGUUAAGGGUCUUCGUGGUCACAUCAACUGGACCGAGGGUUACGCCGCGGUCAAGAAAGAUGCUGAAGUUCAACCGUACUUUGAUCAGAACCCAGUCGACCCGUUGGGCUCGCUAAAAGACGGGCGCUCAGCGCUCCAUGACUGGAUCCCACUCGGCUAUGUGUCGGCUGACGGUAGCACCCGUGCGGUUUCGAAAACAGUGGAGUACUCACUUAACGAUUUUGCGGUAUCUCAAAUCGCAGCGGGAGAGAAACCGGGAGACCGCGACCUAUACCUGCGCCGCUCAGCGGGAUGGCAGCUGAGCUGGGAUCCGGAGGCUGAGAGCCGUGGCUUCACAGGGUUUGUGAUGCCGCGAUAUGCCAAUGGAACCUUCCACAAGACCUACAACAUCACUAACUGCGGAGACUGCAACUGGUCUGACGAGAGCUAUGAGGGAACAGCUUUUGAAUACUCCUUUGUUGUUCCCCACGAUGUUGAACGCAUGAUCACCCUGAUGGGCGGCCCCUCCCACUUCGAAUCGCGCCUGGACUACGUCUUCCAACCCAACACCUCAGGCGUCGAUCUCGGUGUUAACGGCCUCGGCAUCACCACCAUCAACAACAUCGCAAACGAGCCCGACUUCCAGACUCCUUACCUCUAUAACUACCUCAAUAAGCAGUGGAAAUCCGUUCAGCGAAGUCGUCAGUUGUCCAACGACUUUUACUUCAACACGAGCAAUGGUAUACCGGGGAACUCUGAUGCCGGUGCGCUGAACUGCUGGUUAAUUUGGCAGAUGUUGGGACUGUAUCCGGUGGUUACGACGCCGGUGUAUUUGUUGGAGAGUCCGUGGUUUGAGGACGUCAACAUUACAGUGAACCACAAUCAUACACUGCGUAUCCGGGCCGAGGGUUUGGAUGAUGGCAAUGGAAGAGAGGGAUAUUAUGUGCAGGGCGUGUCUAUCAAUGGACAGCAUUGGAAUAAGAAUUGGUUUGAGCAUGAGGAUGUUGGUGGGAUUAUGACGAACGGUGGUGAGAUUUUGUUUCAGUUAGGGAGCGAGCGGAAGGUCUGGGAGACGGGAGAUGUGCCGCCGUCGCCAGGGCAUACUGUCGUGGAUAUCGGUCAGGGGGGUUACACGUAG